AUGUUCGCGUCGGACGCGUCGCCUCUCGUGUCGUCGACGAUUGGUGAGACGAAGAAGAAGAAGAAGAGCAAAAAUGCGGCUGCGUCGACGGCAUCGUCAUCUGCGGCGGAAUCAUCAAACGAGGACGAGGAGACAGAGGAGGAGAACGAGAACGAUUCAGAAGACGCGAAUGAAAACAAAGAGGAUAAUAAAAGUAGUCGUCUUGUCUUCACUACCUCUGAAAAUGAUGAAAAUGAUACAUUCAGAGGGAACAAAGCCGGUCGUUUGUCAACGCAAGCGAUUUCGAAACGAGGAGGAGGUCAAGAGGGGGCGGCGGGAAAACAAACGAGGACGAGUUUUUAUAAACCGAUGACCUCUCGAGCGCAAAUAGACGGCAUGAACUGCGAGCAGCUUUUAGAGGAAAUCAAGCAGAGAUUCCAAUCGAAGAAGAAACCGUUUUUAGGCGGCGGGAACGUUCCGGCGGCGGCGGCGGCGACGAAGACGAAAACGGGAGAGAAGGGAGGCCAAAACCACCCGCGGACCGAAUUGGAACCGUCGACGAUCGAGAUCGAAGGUUUUAAACACGAGAUUAGCGAACGGUUAGCUUCGUUUUUAGGUUUUGGGGAAGGCGAGAGUGGAGUGAAAGCGACGAGGAGGUUUGUCGAUCGACGGUUGAAGAGUUACUGCGAGGAGAUGAAUUUGUUCGUGGGAGAACGAGACGAAAGGGAAAAGAAAGUAAAGAGGAUGAAAGAUCCGGAGAAUCCGGGGAAAUGGGAAGAUAGACGCUUCGUCUUGGAUACCAAGUUGAGGCAAUUGUUUCAAACGCCCGAUGAUAUCGAUCAGCUCUCGUUUCGGAAGAGAACGAAAGCGGAGGAGGAAGGAGAAUUCUCGGACGGAGUCGCGCCGGUGUCUCUGUUUUUAGAUCCGCACUUUGUGGAUAUUACCGACCAAGACGCUUCGCAACUGGUGCAAUCGAAAACGUACGGCUCUAACGUCAUCGUCAAGAAGAAUAACAGAGUGUACGCCGUGCGCGAAUCAGCGCUGAAGAUUUUGUUACAAAGAGUUCGUUCGCCGAAAGAUGUGCAGUAUGCAUUGGAAGCGGUCGCUUUGUUCCACAUGGAACGCGCGGCGAUGGGAAAAACCAGAGGUCUCGGUUUUGAGCGCGCGUACGAAUUCAUCAAGGCGUGUUGCGACGUUAAAUCGUACGAAACAGCGAUUUGGGCGUGCGAACAGUCUCGCUCGUUAGGCUUGAACUUGUCCAGAAAGACGUUAUCGUUGCUUCUUUGGCACUUGCUCGAUGCUAAUCGCCCGUUGGAAGAAGUCCUUCGCGUGUACUCGGUGAUUCGCAAUCUCAAACUCGGCGUCGACGGGAAAACUGCCCAGUUUGUCGUUAAAUCCGCCUUACAACACGGUCACGUCAACGCUGCGGCGGGCUAUUGCGUUCAAUUCAUGCAAGCUGGCGUCAAAGUCAACCGAAAAACACCGACUGCGAUAAUGAACGCCGCCAUCGAACACAACCUUCCAAACGCCGCCGUCGCGGUUGAACGCUGUUGGAACAAAGAGCAACCGCAACUCCCGAAAGCGCCUUUCGACCGGUUAGCGCUGGCACAAGCCUACGCGCUUUUAGCCGACGACGACGAGUGCACCAAAACCGCAAAAUCUAUCGUCGAUACUCUCGACGACGCCUUUGACGAGGAGCUCAAAAACACAACCUCCCAAAAGCUCGCCCUUUGGCCGCAAAAACUGCUCGGCGUCGCCAACGAAGCCAAAGGCGGUGCGAGUAAAGAGAUUCUAGAGCGGUGCAAACGCGGGAUGACGCUGAUUAAAAACGCGUGCGAGGGGGAGUUAUUCCACGACGUGGACGUCGAGUACGCGUUUUCCACUUUACAAAUUUUAGACGACGAAGACGAAGACGUUUUGGAAGAGAAGAAAGGAGAAGAGUAA